GAACGAGUCUGAUAAGAACCUAUCCUAAAUUAAGUUCUGGUGAAAUUUGAUAGAAAGUGAACACGAAGUGUGAUUCAUUCAUCCAUGAUACUUUUCUUCAGUUACAAAAAUAGCUCUAAAAAUUAGUCGAUUGAUUAACACGAGCAUAAAAUUUGUUUAAAAUGCCUCCGGUUAUAACUUCACCGAAACCAUUUUAUUCCAAAUAGGUCGUUUUCUGUUUUCUCACUUUUAUUUUCUUUCCUCCCGAGGCCUGUUAAAAGAACAUAAACUUCAUUUUUAGACUUUUAUAUUUACUAUUUACGUAACAUCCGUGCGAUUAUUUAUUAGCAUUAAAUACAAUUCAAUUCCUACCAUGUGCGCCAUUUUUUAGUCUUCAUAAUUCACAAAUAUCAUUUCUUCUCAUGAAAUUUCUGUUAUUUUAAAAUUGCAUUACACAUUAUUUUUGUAAUUCUGAACACAUUAUUUUCGUAAUUCUGAAAACUUUCCCCAUUUUAAAUUACCUGUAUGUUCAAUUUGAAAAAAAAAAUACAAAACAUAACUUUCAUAAUUCAGCAAUGCUUAGAACCUCCAAACUAUCUCUUUAACCCUUAGCCCUGGGCUGGAACAUUACCAUCCUCAGAACUAUACCAGCAGUAGAAAACAGAAUCAUCAUCAUUACCUAUUUCUUUCUUCUUGUUCUUUCGGAGUCUGGAAGUCUGAACAUGUCAAACGAAGGAAGUAACGAAUGCAACUAUGCUCAGCCCGAAAUGAGCGGUGAAACUCGCGGCGCUGCAAACUCCUCUCCUCACAAACAACUGCGCGACAACGUUGGGAAGAACCAUCCAAAGAGUGAACACAAACAAAACAACCGAGUCUCAUUUUCCGAACUCAGUGUCGCUUCUCUCAGUCUCCUUAGAGAUGAGUCAUCAGACCACCUGACCGAAAAGACAGUCCAACUGCGCAAAAUUUCAUCCGGGGGUCCGAAAGAGCCGGUGUUGCCAGAAGACGUGGUCACUGUCCCGUCGCAUCUCAAAGAUAAACCGGAGGGAUUCUUCCUCAAACAUAAACUGGAAACAUCAGUUUCUACAAAUGACUCUCCAUAAUUUUGAUAUCACAUUGUUUAGAUAUAGGACACACAAUGUGUUAGAAUUCGAGAUGGAUAUGCUUGUUAUUUUUUCGUAUAAAUAUCUGGCUCCUAGAAAGACUUGUUUAAUUGUAAUUUUUCAAUAAAC